CUACCAUUCAUCCCGACGCGAUUACUUUCGCUCGAUUCGAUUACAAAAAGCACGUUGUAAUCUCCGAUUAGAUUUGGUAUAAAAUCGCUAGCAACUGAACUAGAGGCAUCAGUCGUUCAACUGCUUUAACCAAUUCACUAUUCAAUCAAAAUGAAGGUUAUCAUUUUUGCUGCUCUACUAGCCGUCGCUGUAGCGGGUUAUUCAAAUUCCCCGGCUUAUUCUCACCAAUCUUCGUCUGAGAUGGCCUCUUCCGAAUUUUCGUACGGAAUGCCAACUUAUUUCGCAUCAGAGAGACAAGACACCAAUGCUGAUGAGGAGGAGGACGAUGACGAUGAAGACGAUGAAGAAGAUGAAGAUGCCAAGGAGAAAAGUGAAGAUAGCGAAUCAGACGCUCCAGCGGACAAGAAUAUAGGGUCUUCUGAGCAGAAGUCUUCUGACACUGCCAGCUCUGAUGCCCAUAAAGGAGAAAAAUCUGAGGAUAACAACGAUGCCAAUGCCCAAACGGAAAGUGAAAUCCAAUAUGCUAAGUACGAGGAGUCUGAAUCCACAACUAUCUCCUACUCCGCUCCAGCUUCCUCUGCUCCUUCUUACUCCGCUUCCUACUCUGCUCCGUCCUACUCUGCUCCGUCCUACUCUACUCCGUCCUACUCUGCUCCCCUACUCUGCUCCGGCCUACUCUACUCCGUCCUACUCUGCUCCGUCCUACUCUUCUCCGUCCUACUCUGCUCCGUCCUACUCUUCUCCGUCCUACUCUUCUCCGUCCUACUCUGCUCCGUCCUACUCUGCUCCAUCCUACUCUGCUCCAGCCUACUCUGCUCCAGCCUAUUCUACUCCAAAUUACUCAGCUCGUUCCUACUCUGCCCCAUCCUUCUCUGCUCCAGCCUACUCCGCUCCGGCUUAUAGAGAGCCUGAAUACGUGUCUACCUCCUAUUUUGACUCGGUUUAUACUGCUCCAGUCUACGGUAAUAGAAUUAACAGUCUUAGCGGCCAAAGAACUAAGGCUCCUAACUCCUACGAAGCCCCAAUGACUGUUGUACCUUA